ACCGAGGAGGAAGGAGGGCGAGAGUAGCAGGAAGCAGCCGCAGCCGCCCUCCUCCCGGUCGCUGCGCUGGGGAAAGACUCGCCGGCUGCCAGAAUCGGGACGGGAGGGAAGGGGCAACCGGCGGAGCUGCUCCUGCGGCGGCGGCUGCUCCCUUUGGGCCAACCCCGCCUCGGCGGCUGCAGGCGGCCAGGAUGAUGCCCCCGACGGCGGGCGAGUCGCCGCACCAGCUGCUAGGCCGGCUGCGCUUCCUGAGCGAGGCGAUCGGGUGCCUGACGCGCGCGGAGCCGCUGCCCGCCGCCUUGUGCUACGUGCCCCGCGAGGUGCAGUAUAAGAUCUGCAAGGACCCCAGCGCCCCCGGGCCCGCCUCGGCCUCCGGCCGGACCCUGCUGUCGGUAUGGGAGAACCCCAGCAAGGCCGGCGCCGGCUCCGGGUCGGGCGGCAGGAAGGGCCUGGGCAGGGGCACCAUCGAGCUGCGCAAGGGCUCGUGCAUCCGAGCCAGCGGCGAGGAAUACUGCAACGGGCACGGGCUCUGGGUGAAGCUGACAAAGGUGAGUGUGGCAAGGUGUAGCCUCCGGCGGGGCCUGCAGCGCACGGGCACCCGCACCCGCUGAACGCGGAAGUUCGAGGAGGGUAAAUUGCCAGGGCUCCAGCCUGCUAGCGCCACAUUCCUCCGACCAUGUAAUGAUUCCUGCUGUCCUUAAUUCCUGGUGUGAACUGGCAACCCAGCCAGGAUGCUUUUUGAAGAGGAUGGAAAUGCACUCUACCCAUGUUCAGAGGCACUUGAGCCGUUAUUACAAUUUCAAAUGUUUGAGGGUUGACACCUCCCCCCCCCAAUUUACAUAAUUUGCAUGCUAGAGCAAAUGUAGAUGUAGGCUUAAGACACAUGUAACAGAGAUAAACAUAGGCAUCUCAUCCUCUCUUUCCCAUUGCUUUUUGGGGCUGUGUCCUACAUGCGCACUCAAGGAUGGUGUCACAGGGCACAAGUAUUCCUACGUUUCUCAGAGACUGGCACUGUUUACAGACAUAGAUUACUAUCAGCUAGUUUUAUGGUUCCUUGAUACGAUUUUAGCUGACAGAAGAGCCUUUCAGUUUUUCCUGGCCCAUAUGUUUUUUUUCUGCCUUGGUUAUCAUUUUCCCUUUUAGUAUUAGUGUGGCAAUAAACUGGCUGCCACAUUUUGCACUUGGGAAAUAGCAACAGUAAGGAAUAUGCAAACAGCUGUAAUACCAACAAUGUUCCUUAUCAUAGUUGGGGAGAUUUUUUUGAUAACUGCAUGGCCCUCAAAGGCUAUGUGCUAGUAAACCUCAGUAAUUCCUAUGCAUGUAUACCUGGACAUCCUCCUACAAUCUUUUAGAAUUCAGCAAAUUUCUUAUAAUUAUAAUUGGAAGGACAGUUUAAUACCGUUUUGUUGACAGUACAUGCAUGUGCAUUCUUUCAAGUGAGAAAGGGGACUGUUGUUGGUCUGUAGAGACCAGAAAAAGUAGUCAUAGACACUCAUUAGCACAGACUAAAGACAUGCAUUUUGGUUUUUAAUCAAUUAGUAGGAGCUGUGCAUUUCUCUAUGGAUAAUCAGUGUUCCUAACCAUCUGUGUAAAUCUCUUUGUAUGAUGUAUGAGGAUUUGAUAAACUGUUUGGAUUUCUUAGUUAUCUCCAAUGUCGUAUUUUGUACUGGACAUACGAUUUCAUAUUCUUCCCUCAUAGGAGCAGCUGGAGGAAUUCAAGAUUGGCUGUGAUCUGGAGGAAGGCUGGGUACUCAUGUGUAAGCAUGCAGAUGGUGGGGACAGGCUGGUGCCAGUGGAAUCGAUGGAGAGAAUCCAGAGGCAGCAACAACUCUUUGGGGUGGAUUAUAAGCCUGUAAUUAGGUACUGAAAACCAUCUCCACAUUUUGUUUGCAUUGAUUGGCUUUUGAGGAGGACCAUUGGGGAAGGCACUCGCUGUAAGCAAAUACAUGUUGUUGUUUAGUCGAUUAGUUGUGCCUGACUCUUUGUGACCCCGUGGACCAGAGCACGCCAGGCACUCCUGUCUUCCACUGCCUCCCAGAGUUUCGUCAAAUUCAUGUCGGUAGCUUCUAUAACACUGUCCAACCAUCUCGUCCUCUGUCGUCCCCUUCUUGUGCCCUCAACCUUACCCAACAUCAGAGUUUUUUCCAGAGAGUCUUCUCUUCUCAUGAGGUGGCCAAAACAAAUACAUAAUACUAUCAAUGAAUGUAUGACAUUCAGAAAUACCUAUGGUUGCAAGCUAAAUUAGUAGCUUCCAAUCAUUUUGCUAAUGGAAUCAACCAAGAGCACUUUGCCUACAUUCAAUUCUUAGUUUCAAAUAGAAACUUGUAUCAGUACCAAAAUUUCAAAGAUUUUUUUGUGGGGGGGAGUGGCAUAUGUUCUCAAGUGGUUCAUCUCUUGUUUGCUUCUUUCCUGAUGGCUGAUUUCCUCCUCUGAUCUACAGCUUGUGUGCCAAGGGGGAGAGAGGUUCUGUUCUUCUGGAUUGUAGCCAAUUGGGGAUCAAAUAAGCCGUGUAGUGACAUUACAGUGGAAAACAGCCAAUCAGAUUAGACUGUGGUGAUGCAACGAAGCCAAUUCAGAGUGAAAGUAGGAAGUGUUGCCCUCACUUUGAAUGUCUUUUGGGGGAACAAGGAGUACAGCUACUGCACUGCAAACACUGUCACUCCUGUCCAUAGCUCCCAAAGUUGUAAAAAAGGGAUAUUCACAACUGUGUCAAAAAUGUAUGCAAACACGCACAAACACACACAUCACUUGGCUCAAACCUUAUCAGUAAGUCUAAGAUGUGUUAAGUUCUGUGUGUCCAUUUUGUUGUUUUAUCUAAUUAAUGGAAGGUUUUUCAUUUUAAUAGCAGCAAAAAUUAUUAUUACUAUAAGCAUUAUAAAUUAGAUCCUCUGUAGCAUUAAACAAAGGGCUAUAUAUCAACCCUUUGAAUUAUUCUCAGAUACUUAUCCCUUGUUUUAGUAGCUAAUAAUGCAGUUAGAACUUUUUUAAUUUCUGUUUGCUUACACAGAAGUUUAUAGUUGUUAAUUCUGCCUUUUUCCCUUUUCCAGAUGGGAGCAGGUGGUGGAUUUAACAUAUUCCCUCCGUCUUGGAGCAAAACCAAAAAUCAUGGAGCCAGAUGCAGCUGCGGUAGAGAGACUCCGGUAAAGGGCAUGCAACCUCCUUUACAGCAAUAAGAAAAAGUGGGGCAGCCAAUGCACUUAAUUUGAAAGUGGUAACUGGGCCCGCAGCACUGGACGUUUCUACAUAUUAUCCAGGCUUUGUAUGCCUGAGGACUUAAUUCUAUUGGGAGUAGCGCUUGUGCAGAAGUGGGAGUAAAAAUAAUAUCCUGAAGGAUAUAAUUGGGUAGUGGAGAGCAUGAUCAGGGAUGUAAAUUUCUGUAAACCCAGCCCUCUCUCUCAUCCUGUACUAUUAACACCAAUUAUUGCCAUUUUAGAUUUGUACCACCCACAUGGAGCUACGAAUGUGAUGAGGACUUGGUGCAUUUCCUCUAUGACCACAUCGGCAAGGAAGAUGAGAAUCUGGGCAGCAUCAAGCAAUAUGUGGACAGCAUUGAUGUGUCCUCCUACACGGUAAAGUGUCACUAUCAACCAGGCUCCUUUACAUAGAGACCUUGCCUUCAUGCAUACUGUCCCUUGUUGCCUCAGCAUCCUAACCACUAGGCCAUCAUUUGCUAAUAUUAAAGGGUUUGCAAAGGCAGAUGUCAGGGACAGGGCUUCCCAGAGGGACGAUGAGGGUGAUGAGGGGGACAGAGAGUCAGAGGAGGAAGGAGUAGUUUUGCUUCCUUCUCAGCUGUUUGAAGACAGUCGCCCGCAACCCCUUCUCCUCAGCCGGAGAAGAGGAGGCUGGAGAGAGGCCAAGUCGCUGAUAAGCGGACCCUAGCAACAACAUAGGGGAGGGAUGAUUCGUCAGAGGAAAAGGUAGGAGGCCAGCCAGAAUCUCCCCGUUCCCAUAGGUUAACGAGGGUCAGGGAAAGGCGUCAAUCAAGGAAGUGGAAGGCGAGGUUCUGGCGUGCUUCCUGUUGGCGCCGAAAUCAGAGCCCAGAUGCCUCAACAUCUUGAAAGAGACAGUAGCCCAUGGGAGCUGCUCUGAGUACAAUGAUGGUGUUUAAUAAAUCUGCUUGUAAACUGACAACAUCUACUUGCUGCUUAUUAAGUCUGGGAGCCAGCCAGAUUGUGACAACAGAUAACUUCUGGUUGAUAUCUAUAACCUUAGGGUGAACUGAGUUAAGAAUUUGUUAGGUCAGGAUAACUUAUUUGUGUAAACAGACUCUGGAUGUCUCUUUGCUGGUAAUGAAGAGAUUUUGCUGUCUGAGGCAAAGGAUAAAAUGAUACUCCCUUCCAAUGCUAUGUACAACUAGACCGGCGGUUGAAUCUUAUUUUAACACUGGGGACAGGCCAGCCACACUUGGGGGCAGCAGGCUAGCUUUGGGGUACAGGGUAGGCCAUGUGGCACACAGCUCUGUCCUCCAAAAUCUUGCCACUCUCCAGAAUCUGCUGUCCGAGGCGACUGCCUUAUUCUGUCUAAUGGUAGGGCUCUACCCAUGAAAUGAACUUCACCGGCCCCUGGAAUGGGUUAUUAGACAGUUGUUCUCUUGGUUCCAGAAAAUGAAAUAAAAUAAUGUGUGAAAUAAUGUGUUUUACUUGAUCAACUUUUAUAGUUGUAGGAAUAUAUACACUUCUGAAUUCUGUGUUGUCUUGGCAUAGGUCUGCAAACUUUCAGAUUAAGUUGGCCACCUGCUGAUUUUAGUGGUCAUCAAGUCUUUCUCUCGCUUAACUACCCUGAUCAGUGCUAGGACAUUGUGCCCGGUGUCUCCUCUACCGUUCUUCAUAGAUCUGCAGGUUGCCUCUCCUAGGUGAAUGGAGAGUGGUAAAAAUCCAGGAAGCCUUGAGGGAGGAAGAUGUGUUCAGUUAUUUUCAGGGAUAGUAGGAAGGUGCAGCUUGAGUGUCUGGAACUAAAAGUUCCUGUCUGAGGUUCUAGAGUUGGCAUCCUCUUGGGAGGGAUCUUGUGGGUUGCCUGAAAGCAAGCUAUUACAUGGAUAUUUCUAACUCCCCUCAGUCUGUCUUUGCUUCCCUCAGGAAGAAUUCAAUGUUUCAUGCCUGACAGACAACCAUGCAGACACCUACUGGGAGAGUGAUGGGUCUCAGGGUCAGCACUGGGUCCGUCUCAACAUGAAGAAAGGGACCAUUAUCAAGUGAGUUCCCUAUCCUUUACUAGCCUAUUCCUUAUGUGUGGGGACAUCACUGGCAGACACUUCGCUGUCCUGGCCUAAUCAGCUACUUCCUAUAAGUACCAUAGUAGUUAAACCCUGUUUCCUCUGCUCUCACUGAGUGUGAAAGCUACAUCGAGAGCAGCUGGGUCAUGUUAAUGCACAUGAAUGUUGGUCUUGUUCUGUGCUUGGGCUUCUUCCUGCCCAAAGAGAGAAUCAUGGAAAAGACUUCUAGUUAGGUGCUAUGAGGCGUUAAGUUUGGUGCUGAAGAUGUACCUCUUUAUAAACUGGCCUUUGACACUUGAGAUGCAUAUUUUUGGGACCCACCCUAUUUUUGUGACUGUAAGUUGUUUUAAAUUGUUUUAAUGCUGUAUUUUAAAUGGUUGUUCCCCACUCUGGGACCUCAGGGUGAAGGGUGGGUAGAAAAUUAAACUAUUAUUGCUACUACUAUUUUGUGCCUCCAUCACAACAACAAAGGAAUUAUCUUUUCUCACGUAUACCACUGUGAUUCCACCACUGCCAUGAAACUGAAUGCUGAGCAAUUUCAGAAUGGCCCUUUUGAGGUUUGCAGCAAAAUAUUUGUUUGAAUCUGCCCUCUCCUUUCCAUAUGGCAGACAAAGGCAUUCCCACCUCUUCUUCCACCCACCUUGGCUUUUCCGUUAAGUAAGAUUUCUGUGAUCACAUAGGUUUGUGCAGAAUGUGGUACUAGUGAUGUACAAAAACCACCCUUCUCGAUUCAAAAUGGCUGAGUCUUUCUGGCCCUUUUUGGUUCGUUCCUGGGAAGGUUUAAGCCUUUCCUCCAAGCCACAUAAAGGUCCAGCCUGGGGGAAGCUUCAUAGCCAGUUCUCUUGCCUGCCAGGUCCCCCCCCCACUUCCCCUGCUUUCCCCACAUUUCUCAGCUCUUUGCAGUGAAGGUUUCUAAGCAUAUUUGGACCCACCAUUGUUCAUAGGAGCUCUGGGAAGUGGUUUUAAAAGCCAUAAGCUUGUCCUAUAUCUUAUUGUUGUCUCAUGUUUACCCUUUAAUUCUCUCUCUCAGGAAGCUGUUCCUGACUGUGGACACAACAGAUGAGAAUUUCAUGCCCAAGAGGGUGGCUGUGUAUGGUGGCGAGGGGGAUAACCUGAAGAAGCUGAGUGACGUGGGCAUUGAUGAGUAAGUCAGACGAGGGAGGCGGGGGGGGGUGGGUGGGGAGAGAGAGAAUUUGCUUGUUGAGGAAAACCAGGUGUGAAACUGAGCCUAAAUUUGGCUCAGAUUCUUUCUUUAGCCCAGACAUAGGCAAACUCGGCCCUCCAGAUGUUUUGGGACUACAAUUCCCAUAAUCCCUGACCUGUUUGCUAGGAAUAUUGGGAGUUGUAGUCCCAAAACAUCUGGAGGGCCAAGUUUGCCUAUGCCUGCUCUAGCCUAUGCCUGUAUGGCACCUUUGAUUUUACCUCAUGAGGCAUGGAAAGGGGAAGAGGCAUGGAAAGGGGAAGAGAAGAAGUGAAUAUGAAAGGGGUUCUAUUGUAAUCAGAUGGUGCAGAAAAGCAACAGAAUACUAGACCUGAAGUGUUAGCGGCUAAUGGACAUCUCUUUGUUUUUGAGCUUGUAGCCUAUUGUAUCCCAACGGGUUCAAGGAAGGAAAUGUCUCAUUAUUAUUAUUAUUAACUUUUUUAUUGGCUUGAGGCAAGUGCAGCUGCCCCCGUGCACCCCCCUGGCUAUGCCCAUGACACUCCCAGUUUAUCCAUCCUCUACCAUUAGUUCUCCCUCUGUCCAUAGCAACUGAUAUAUAAGCGUUCACACCCUUAUAACCCCAAAGACACAUAAUCAGGGCCCAGUAUAUGACCUCAGAGAUAAGUGAACAUCAAGGAACAUAGCUAAUAGUCCACCCACCAACCCCGGUCAAACACUACAGCACCUGGAGAACUAACACAUGUUUAUACUAGUCCAGUAAAAUGCAGUGUGUACAAAUGCAGCUGCGACUCAAGGCUAAAUAGAUGCAGUUACAUAAAGUACAAAAGGCAAAAACAUAAAGCCACACACAGGGCAGACUGGAGGUCCACAGUAAAGUGCCAUCCCAAAAUGCAAUACUUUUUAAAGUGUAGUAAAUAUUUAUCUAUGCAAGGGAUGGGGAAACUGUGGCUCUCUAGUUGCCUUUCAGCAAGAUCAGGGAAGAUGGGAGAUACAGUCUGGAGGGCCACAGACUCCCCAUCUCUGCUCUAUACUAUGAGGAGACAUUUCCUGGCAUCUUUCAUAUGCCUGAGGUAAUGCAUAAAGCUACCAUUGCGUGCUACAGUGUCUCAGGGAGAAACAUAGUGUAGUUCACCCCAACCCACUACCUUCAUGAGCAUAAAAGUUCCCUGUGCUCCCUUCGAAAACCAUCUGAAGGUGAUUGAUGGGUCUCUUUAGGGUACCCAGAAGGUUGGAAACGGAUCCCAGGAGUUCUGGUUUCUGGCUCCCACAUCCACCUUGAUGUAACUUCCCCUGAGCAUGUAAGGUUAAAGGAUUUCUAUUUUGGAAGGGGGUAGUAAGACUACCUUGUGCAAGAGGAAAUAGAUGUUUUUGUGUCUCCAGGAGCUACAUCGGGGAUGUGUGUGUGCUGGAAGACAUGACUGCUCACUUGCCUGUCAUUGAAAUCCGCAUUGUGGAAUGCAGAGGUGUGUGGGUGUCAGUUUGGGGAUGCGCCUACUAAUUCCUGGGAGGUGGGGUGCCAUGAUCUCCCUGCUUUUCUCUAAAUGCUCCACUUUGGAAUUUCACUCCCUCUGUAGUUACGUACCCUGGCAGGUUGCAUCUAGAGUCAGAGUACAAUUAGGCAGAGGGCCUUCUCAGUAGUAGUGCCCACCCUGUGGAAUGCCCUCCCAUCAGAUGUCAAGGAAAUAAAAAACUAUCUGACUUUUAGAAGACAUCUGAAGGCAGCCCUGUUUAGGGAAGUUUUUAAUGUUUAAUGAUUUAUUGUAUUUUAAUAUUUUGUUGGAAGCCGCCCAGAGUGGCUGGGGAAACCCAGCCAGAUGGGCGGGGUAUAAAUUAUUAUUAUUAUUAUUAUUAUUAGUCUCCUUAGUGGUUCACUGCUUUGACAGCUGCCCUGGUGCUUCCCUUUUGGUGGAUGCCUUUUUGUGAUUAUUUUAUCUAGGAAAAACAGAAAAGGCACAAUAUAUUUAUUAAUCUUUAAGCCACCACAGGUCUGCUGUUUUUGUGGCAAGUGAUGAAUUAAGCCCUGGAAUUUCUCCAGUAGUCACCCACCCCCAAUUUGUGAUAACCAUGGGUCACUUAGAGUGACCCAGAGAGAGACCCUCAUCCCUACUCUUCCCCCCAGUAUUUCUCUCCCGCCUCCUGGAGAAACAGUUCCCUAUUUGACCGAUGUGUCUUAAGCUGCUUUGUUCUUCCCUUUUAAUACAGAUGAUGGGAUAGAUGUUCGGCUACGGGGAAUAAAGAUCAAAUCUUCUCGGCAACGGGAACUGGGGCUCAAUGCAGAUAUGUUUCAGCCAGCCAACCUGGUGAGGUAUCCUCGCCUGGAGGGAAGAGACCCUGAUGUGCUCUAUCGGCGGGCUGUGAUCAUCCAGAGGUAUGGAGCAGGGCAGGGCUGAGGAACAUUCUCCAGCCUCGGUGUUGCCGUUGUUGUUGACAGCAUUUCUUUGUUUUGCAAUAUGAAAUGCCUCAAAGAGCGAGAGCUCCCACAGUCAUUGUGGUGGUAGUGGGCUGAGCAUGUGCGUGUACAUGCACUGUGGUACAGCACUGGGUGUCUGUGCUGUAAAACCCUAUUGAAUUUAUUUAUUGUUUCCUUUUGUUUUGUUUCACCUGUAGUUGUAAAUCCUCACCUGCUUAAUCAGCUUGUCGGGUGAAAUAGGGAGGGAAGCCAACAGAGAUAGCAAGAAAUGUAGGAGUAAAUGUAGGGGUCAAAUUUAACACGUCUGGUUACUCUGCCGCCAUCUGCAAUGGCAACGUUGGUAUUUAUUUAUUGCGCUUUUGGCUUGGGUAGGUUUAUCAAGAUCUUGGAUAGUGUUCUUCACCAUCUUGUUCCAGCCUGGGACUACACACUUGGCACCUUCAGCCAACUCAAGGUGAGGCGAGGGACUUUCUGAUUCCCAAUUUCUGUGUUUUCUAUCUUGGGGAAAUAAACCAUUGCUUUGAAUGUCUACUUUAUAUUUGACUUUCUUCGGUAAUAUUUCAUUCUGGAUUGUUUUAUUAUCUGAUCUUUCAAGGUAGGUUGUAAACUGCUUUGAGACUUUUCAUUUCUUAAAAAUAUAAAGCAGUAUAGAAAUGAAAUGGAAAUAAUAAUAAUAUAUCAAAAGAUUUCCUACUGGGAAAGAGAGGCGCUAGAAUAGUUUGCGGUGAUGUUGGCAGUAGAGCCAGCUGGUUUGUAAAGUAGGAGAAGGACUGUGCGGGAUAUUCCUGACUUUGACCCAGUGUUGAUUUGCCCGUGAUAGCACAUCAAACAGUUCCUGUUGCUGUCCAAAAGACGUACAGUGCUAAUCACCCAGUGCCUCAAAGACUCAGAGACUAGCAAGCCCAACUUCAUGCCACGGCUCUACAUCAACCGUCGCCUGGCCAUGGAGCAUCGUGACAAUCCUGCACUUGACCCCAGCUGUAAAAACACAGUCUUCACUCAGGUAAGGCCAGCUCACCCACUAGCAGGUACUCUGUGGCAAGAGGGAUGGGGGGAGUCUUCUGCCUUUGCAACCUGCAGCAUGUGUUCUGUCCUAUUGUACUCCAGAAAUGCUUUUUCAGCCUAUACCUUCAAAGCAAGAUCCAUCUCUGAGCAUAAGCUCAGCAAACAGUUUUGCAGGGCGAUGCAGCUUCUGUGUGGUUGGGAGUCCCACUCAGUGGCCUGGUUUACAUGUCACACUAACCCGAACCCUGGCUUAGCAUGAAUACAUGAGCAUACAGGCUCAGGGAGAGGAGCUCACAGUCCCUUCGCCUCUCCCUAGCCAUUUUGCUCUUUUACUGUGCUAAUGGGAGCCGUGUGUUUUUGGAGCCCCUCACUUUAUAAUAUAAGAAGAAAUUCAGCAGUGGCUGCUGGUGACGCACAUGCACAAUGUACCUCAGAUAAAAUGAUAAAAUGAUGAUUAUUUCCUCUUUCACAUGGGAUUAAAUAACUAACAUACCUUUCCCAGAACCAAUUAGUUCACGCUUCUCUAAACUCUAAUUUCAAGGUGUAUGUUAGUUCAGAUUUGCAGGAAUCAUGUGUUUAUGGUUCAUUCUCAUUUCUAAGGCAUUGGGGUAACUGGAAAUUGUAGUUCAUUGCUUGUUUACUGUUUGUUUUAUCCUGUCUUUUCACCAAUGAGCUCAAGCUGACAUAAAUGAGGUUAUACCUUUUUAUUCUUAAUAUUGUGGGGUUAGUGACUUGCCCAAGUGUGUUAAAUAAACUUCAUGGCUGAGCAGGGUUUUGAACUUGGGUUUCCUACAUCCAACCCUAGCUAUUCUAGUCACUUUGUCACACUAGCUUUUUAAUUUAAUGUGUGUCCCUUGCUACACAUACGUUGGUGGUUGUUAGGGAUCUGCCUGACUGUGCAGUGCGCAAAAGAACUUCUUGUACAUCUUUGGUGCAUGUUGCCUGUUGCCAGUCGUCAUGUAACAAAUUCAUCAAGACCUUCAGAGGAUGCCUAUUCCUGCUUUGCUAUCUGUAAGCACAUUGCCCAGGAUUCUUCUCUUGAUGCCUCUGCUGCAUUGUCUGCUUUCCUAGGUAUAUGAGGGACUAAAACCUUCUGACAAGUAUGAGAAGGCCCUGGAUUACAGGUGAGUUUUUUCAUCCAGCAGCCACCUGUGUCUUCCCUGCCCCUUCCAGCUUGGUGUCUCUAGUCUAAGUAACUGAAUGCCAAGCACAACAAAGUUUCGAGUAAAGUGAAAGCUGAAUCCUCAGAAAGAAAACAGAGCCUUAUUUUUAUAAAUGAGAGCUUGCUGCAAAUAUUUGCAACACGCCAGUUAUUCAAGGACCUUAGUAGGUUCUGGGCCACACAGAAAUAUGGCGCUAUUACCAUAUUUCUUAAAAAUAUAAAGCAGUAUAGAAAUGAAAUGGAAAUAAUAAUAAUAUAUCAAAAGAUUUCCGACUGGGAAAAAGAGGCGCUAGAAUAAUUGCACUUUCACCAGCAAUGCAGUGCCUCCCACAAGCCUCCACAGGUAGGUUUAAGUGACCAUUUUUCAUUCAUCUCAGGUGGCCGCUACGUUAUGACCAGUGGUGGGAGUGUAAAUUCAUUGCUGAGGGCAUCAUUGAUCAGGGUAAGUUUUGCACUUUGUGUAGUCCAAAAUGGUAGCUAAUAGAAAUUUGAUCUCUGACAGUUUCCAGAGUUUGAAGCUGAAAAUUUGGGUUUUCUUUUGAGUCAGUUUUGGAGAUUAUUAUUAUUAUUUGAACAGAGUUCUGGUUAGGAGCAUAAACAAUAAGGAUGGUGAUUUGUAGUACAGCGGUUCAGUGUUGAGAACUCUGCUGCUGCCUUUGAGUUGGCUGUUAAACCAAUUGCAUCCUUGAAGGGGAUCGAAGUAUUGGUUACAGCAGAAGAUUUCAACGGAGGCCUGAGCCCCCCUCCUCCAAUGGGUCCACCAGGGAGAAUGCCAAGUGUGAAGAGAUUUUGGUGGGGAGAAAACAUAGUUUCAAAUAUUUUUCUUGUGUCCUCUCAGGGUUUUCUGCAUCCUACAGAAAAUUGGAUAGGCCUCAAGAGCGUGAGUGGGAAAAUCUGAAAUCCAGCUAAUGUAUUCAGGAACGCAAGCAGGUGGUGACAACAUAGCAAAGCUGGUCACACACUUCCAUGUGCUCUCUCUCCCAGGUGGCGGUUUCCGAGACAGCAUUGCUGAUAUGUCUGAGGAGCUGUGUCCUAGUUCAGCUGAGACUCCAGUGCCGCUGCCUUUUUUCGUCCGCACGUCCAACCAGGUGCUUGCUCCCUGAUGAAGCUAACCCUUUCCUCCUCUUAAGGAUAUUAGAGCAGCAUGAGUCUCAAGAGACUGUCAAUGUGAGGAUUCGGGCAAGCUCUGGAGAAAGGAAAGUGCUUAGGUAGCAAUGCUCUCUGAGGGAGAAUAUGGACACCAAAGCACUGUCCUUUGGUUCCAGCUUUCCCAGAAUCCAACUUUUAUUCCUGCUGUAUCCACCCUCUGCUUAGUCCUGGUCAGUGUGGAAAUUUAGUGUGCCACUAUUGCAUGGGGAAAUUAAUGCAGAGAGACUGGAUUGUACAUGUGUUUUAACAUUCAUUUUUAUGUCCCUAUCAGGACAUUUGAGCUGAACUGUCUGUUGUUUCAGGGCAGUGGUACCGGAGAGGCCCGAGACAUGUAUGUCCCCAACCCGUCCUGCAAAGAGUUCACAAAAUAUGAGUGGAUUGGGCAAAUCAUGGGAGCCGCCCUGCGUGGCAAGGAGUUCCUGGUGAGUAUAGGAUGAAGGCUGGGUCUUUCUUUGAUACCGGUAGUGGAAGCCAGACUUUCCUUCUCCUGUGCCAAACUGUGCCAAAUUGUUUUCUAAUCAUUCAUAACUGCAAGUAUUCUUAUAAAAUCAGAUCUAGGAACUGCCUUGUCUUCCUUCCUGAACAUUUCCUUUGAGCAUAGUGGGAUACAAAAGACCACAUCUGGAGGCAAUGUGUUGCAGUGCUGCAUCUCUCCUUCCUCUUAUCUUUAAGGUCCUGGCCCUGCCUGGCUUUGUCUGGAAGCAACUGACAGGGGAGGAAGUGAGCUGGAGCAAGGACUUCCCUGCUGUUGACUCUGUGCUGGUGAGUCACCAGGACGUGUAUCUAGGAGUCGCUAUUGAAACAUGGGGUGCAGAUUUCUGUUUAGCAUUUGUCUGCAUGGCCUGUGGAUUUGGAUACUGGCAUGGCAGAGCAGCUGGCUUCAUUUUGUUUUCUAAAUCUGCCAGUGGGGAGGGUGAAGGGGUGCGUAAGUAAACUUCCUUCAACAUUUCAUGAUGUUGAACACAUAGCAAUGGUCCACACACAAAUACUGCAGCUUCCAACCAUAACAGCUGCACAGUUUUAGACAUAAUGCAAGCUUCCAGGUGAUAGAAAGUGUUUGACAAUAUCUUAUAAUAACUGUUUAUUUAUGGCUAUGGUUUUUUAUAAAAUCCCUGUCUGCCACUUCCUUGCAUUCUUGGGCAUAGGUGAGAUUAUCCCUUUCCUUGUUUUCAGGUGAAGCUUCUGGAGAUGAUGGAAGGAAUGGACAAAGAGACCUUUGAGUUCAAGUUUGGGCAUGAGCUGACAUACACCACUGUGCUGAGCGACCAGUGCAUGGUGGAGCUUAUCCCUGGUGGCACUCGCACUGUGGUGCACUAUGAGGACCGCUUGGAUUUCAUCCGCCUGGUGCAGAAGGCAAGGCUAAAUGAGAGCAAGGAGCAGGUAAUUCAGUAUAGCAUUUGGGCAAUAGGAUUUUGGUGCUGACUUGUGGUUCCUUGCCCCAUCUCAUCUGUCUCUUCUUUCCUGACUCUCUCAGCUUGCGGCCAUGCAGGCUGGACUUCUCAAGGUAGUGCCUCAGGCAGUACUGGAUCUGCUCACUUGGCAGGAACUGGAGAAGAAGGUCUGUGGUGACCCUGAAGUUACCGUUGAGGCUCUAAAGAAGCUCAGUAAGUGUGGGAGACCUUGCACUCUUCAUGGGUAACAUACCGCAUGAUGUCAUCAUAAAACAUGUGGCGACUCCACAUUCAGCUACUGCACUGAGUGGAGAUUCACAGUACAAAUGCCAUAUCGGUGGGUUGUACUAUGAUUUUGAGCUAGCAUUUUAGCACCUCAUAUCCAUGUGCCUAGGUAUAUAUUCCUUUCUUCCUUAAUGUGUUCUGCCCGAGUUUUUUCGUCUUGCGAAUUUUUCAUCUUGCGAAGCACGGUUUCCCAAAGUCUUCAAAAUCACCAAAGUCUUCAAAAACCUCAAAAAAGGCUACCACACCGCGUGCUAUGAGUUGCUCCUCGAAGUCACCCUGGGUAUUAACGGUUUUAAGAAAAAGGAAACAAACUUGCAAGACGUUUUCGUUUUUUUCGUUUUUCGUCUUGCGAAGCAAGCCCAUAGGGAAAUUCGUCUUGCGAAGCAACUCAAAAAACGAAAAACUCUUUCGUCUUGCGAGGCAUUCGUCUUGCGAGGUACCACUGUAUCUGUUUUUCUUUUUCUCACAGCUCGCUUUGAGGAUUUUGAACCAUCAGAUACUAGAAUUCAGUAUUUCUGGGAAGCCUUGAACAACUUUACUAAUGGUAAGUAGAUGUUAGUAAAUGCACACUGUUGUGGAGUGAUGAUGUGAAGAAAUCUGUGCUAUGAAUUGCAGGUUCAGGGGGUUUUGAGAGGCUCCUCCCACUGUGGCUCAUAACCACUCCCAGAAAGUGGUUUUGUUUUUAACCUGGAGGGAGUCACAGCAAUGUGGCAAUGGGAGAUGGCAGUGGAGAAAAAUAGCCCCAAACAGGCUAUUACAACAGCUCCCCCGACUGAAUGGUUCCCCCUGUUUAGGAGGGUCAGUUUUUACUCCCACCUCGAACAUUGACUGGCUCCCAUUCAAAGCUUGGGUCUUGUUUUCAUUCCCACAUGCAUACUGGGCAAGCUUGUUGUGGAUAAUGACUUCCGGUGAGAUGUCCCUGGGAGUUUCUGAUGGUUGUGUACUCUUCCCCUCAGAGGAUCGCAGUCGCUUCCUGAGGUUUGUUACUGGAAGAAGCCGACUUCCUGCUCGGAUUUAUAUCUAUCCUGACAAAUUAGGGUGAGUGUUGUAGGAAUGACAGGUGGGGAGAGUGCUGCUGUGCUCAAGUUCUGCUUGGGGGCUUCCCAUGGGCAUCUGGCUACCCAGUGUGAGAAAAGGAUGCUGAACAAGAUGGGCCUUUGAUCUGACGCGUAGGGCUCUCCUUAUGUUCUGUUAACGUGCAUCAUAUUGCAGAGUGAGUGAUGAUGGAUUGGCAGCCAUUUUGUAUUUCUGUUGUGUGAUAAAGCCUUCUCCACAGAUCUCAUUGAUUUGUUAUCUCUUCUCUCAAAGCUCUGAAACCACUGAUGCACUUCCUGAAUCUUCCACUUGCUCCAGCACACUUUUUUUGCCAAACUAUGCUUCGUAAGUCUUGUUCUAUAAAUCUCUUGGGCAAGGGUGUAUUGGACCUGGGAAAGGCAGCUGAAAGGUUUGGGAGGCGUGCUAUGGGAAGAACAUUGGGUGACUUAAAGGUGCCUAGAGUAUCACCAAGUGACCAGGGACAUGAUAUUCCCAGUUUAUAGUGUGGCAAUGCAAAGCGGAUUAUGGUGGGGGAGAUAUGGGGGAGGGCUAAGAAAUAGGACAAUGUACUGGGAAGUGUGGCUGCCAUUGAGAAUAAUAUGCAUGGAGAUGGGAGUAUUAGCAAUGUGGGGUGUUAAUUACAGAAGCAUAGCAUCUUGGGGAGUCAGAGAUGAGUUUGGGAUGACCAGAAGGUACGUGAAAAUGUUGAUGUGAUUCUUCUUUUUCACUUAUAGGGCGAAAGUCUGCGAGGAAAAGUUGCGUUAUGCGGCUUAUAACUGUGUGGCUAUUGACACAGAUGUGAGCCCAUGGGAGGAGUGAGUCUAUUUUGAGGCCUUGUUAACCAUUUCUUCUGUGUUACAUAGUUCAUACAUGCAAUAAUCUCUUACUAUUAAGAUCCAGAAAGCAUGUAUGUGUAUAUAUAAUAAAUUACCAAGUGUGAGGCUUGCAGUUUAUUGAUAAGCAGAUACAAUAAAAUGGACAGCCUGCCCCCUUGGAUUUUAGUGAGCCCAAAACAAAAAAUGGGAAUGGUGAAAAACUCUUCAUUUCUGACACAAGUUGCCAGCAAGUGGACAAUGGCAUGUAGGAUUCCAGAAUUCAAUAAUUCUGGUUUCUUUCUCAGGAAAGAUGUCAAACAAGAGAUUCAGACACUUGCAAAAUAUAGUUGUUGUUAGUUAACAUUUUAGAAUAGUCUUAAUUCUCUUCUGAAACCUGUACCUCUCCUUAGGCUGCAGUUCCAAACCCACUUACUUGGGAGCAAAUCCCAUUGACCUGAGGUGAUGUUUAUAAGAUUCCUCUGUCAAUCUUUCUAGCUGAAGAUAAACAUGAGGGCCACAGCUUAAUUAUAAGUUCUAGAGGAGUAUUGGGGUUUUUUGCAGCGAAAACAAGAAUCUUACAGCACUUUAAUGACUAGCAUAAGCUGUCAUAGACUACCAUCCACUGCAUCAGAUGUGUGUAGUGUUAUCAUGAGCUAUAGGUUUAGAUGCACAUUGUUUGGGGAGGAGGGUUGUAAUAAGGAAAGGAAAUGCAAUAAAGUACAGUGAUAAUUAUGUACUUAAUACAGUACCGGUAAUUUGAAAAACAGUUCUUGAUGACAUAGACAUCCUGGUAUUGAUCUGCCAAUUAGCACACAUAAUGUACUAAAAAUCUAUUCAAUCGGGGGGGGGGGGGAUAUAUUCAAUCCACAAGCAAUAGCACCAUAAAUUCUUAGUACUAAAUUACACUGUCCCCUCAUUACACACCAACACUGUUAAUGACUUCAUCCUCAGGUUACAGUUCAGGAUCCUCCUCUUUGUAGUGAUUUCCAUGCCUGCUUCUGUGCAGAACUACAGUCCAAAGUUUUCAAUACUCCCUCCACCCACUUUUCUUCUUCCAAGUCUUCCUGUUUUUGUCUCAGCAGUUGCAGUGGUCAGCUCCGGCCACCAGUGGGCAUUAUGGCACCAUAAUUAAAAGGAGUGGUCUGACCAUUUUAAUUCUAAGAUUGUUUUGUUCAAAUUGUUCAGCUAUCCUCCUUACCCGUCCAAAGCAUAUCGGUAUGGCACAAUGGAGCCCAAUAUAAUCCCAUGGCCUGGCAUAGCCAGGAUUUUUUUGGGCGAGGGCAGAACUAUGUUGGGGGGGCAGAACCAAUGUGAUUGAUCAGUCAGUUAAGUAUUUCUAUUGUUUUACCUGAUGGGGGCAGCUGCCCCACCUUGCCCCCACUUGGCUACACCCAUGAGAUAAUAUAAUAACAUAAGAUGAUGCUGAGGUUUAGGAAAAGUCAGCCCCUCCUCUGCUUUGCUGACUGUGAGGGGCCACACUCCUGCUAAUCCCUGCUUCUAUUUGAUUUUAGGCUUUCUCUGGUACCACCUUCAUUAAAGCCUUUCACCAAAGCUGUCCCGCUUUGGCUGAGGGAAAUAGAACUGUGCUUGGCUAGCUGUUAGAGACGGUUUGCUAAGACAGGCCGAGUUCUGACAUUCUGAAAAGAAUUUGAGGGGUGGGGUGGGAAUACAGAACCCGGAAUAUACGUUUUUCUGGGGGAUUGCGAAGCACCUUUUGAAGAUAAGCUUUCCAAAACAGCAGGGUCUGCCUGCUCCCAAUGCUAAAUGGAGACUGUGGCCCUCAAAAGCCACGAGCUUCACUUUACUCAAAUAGCAGCAGUUACUAGUAUUUAUUUCCCAGUAACAGCAAUGGGCUGCGUUUAAUAGAAGAGGGGAGACGGAACACUCUGGCAAAAUGGCUCCAUUCAUGGGUCGAGGAUGUACUGUCUGUAUGUUGGCUGCCUGGGUGGGCCUCGGAGCUGAAGGCUUUUGUAGCCGCAUAAUGGGCUUGAUUGGUAAUUGGGGAGGUGAAUUUGGCGUGGGGGGAAGGGACGGUGUCAUCUCUGCAGCUGGGCUUUUUGUCAUGCAAAGCGGGGCAGGAAGGGAAGCUUAAAUCCCGCGACUUCACAGCACCUCGGAGCUGCUCUUCAAUGCUCCUCUCCUCCACCCCACCCGCUUUCUCUUAUCUCGGCCGGCGUGGUUCUUGCAACCCUCCCAGCCGUUUCCGCCCCUUCCCGGGUUUCCCCACAUAAGAGUCAUGAGAGCCUUGGGGAAUUUGGGGAGGCGGCGAGCGGGACCGUUGUGCAGUUUUUGCUGCGGGGUUAAGCUCUGUAAAUUGGCGAACACCACCGCCUGCCCUGGCGAUGGCCGCUUUCCUCCCCCGUCUUAGGCCUGCGCACAGCCACUUGCGAAUCUGACAGGGAGGAAGAGGGGCUGGUGGAGGUGCCGGCGGGCCCCCUGAGGAGAGCGACAAGAAACGGGGAUUAGCCGGGGAUGCCGGGGCUCCCCUGCUGGGCGAGGACGUGUAACUCCCCGACACCCUGCGGCGGGGGAUUAAUUACAGACCACACAGCAGGCCAAUGAGGGGCACCGAAAGAGAGCGCCGCCGCGCGCGCGCGGAGAGAGGGCCGUGCCCCGGGCUCCAGAGCGCGCCUGCUGGAGAGUCGCGCAGAAGGGGAACAUGCAUUUCUGCCCUCCCGACAUCGCCAUGAUGCGUGAGGGAGGAACUGCAGGUGGCUCAACAUUUCGCGCCGGUCCCGGGUGGGGAUGAGGCCCCAGGCCACGCGCGUCGAGUAGCAGGACGAGCGCGCGACUCGCAGGUGCAAAGGAGAGCAAGGGCUCCCGCACCUUCUUUAAUAAGUCGUGCAAAAAAGGGAAUUUCAGCCGUUUGCAUCGCCAGCUGCUGCACCUGCUGAAAUUCUCAGCUCAGCUGUGAAAGUUGUGGCGGAGCCUUGCUCUCCGUUGCACGUGGCUCGCUCUCUACCCCGUGGUUCGGCAGGGAGCGGUUACUUGACUGAACCUAAACCGCAGGUGAGGACAACCUGCCACCUUUUAUGGUAGCCAUAAGGACGGCACAGCCCCUAUAAGCAAGCACGUGACCUAACUAUGCGGUGCGGGGGGUAAGGCGUUGAGCCGCGAGCGGCCUCAUAGGUGGAAGCAGCAGAGCGGGAAGUCGCGGCUGAGGAAGCAAGGCUGAGUCGUGGGUUGGUUAAUGGGUCACUCUCGGGGUCUCUUGGGCUGGUUUUCACACAAAAGCUACUUGAGAACAAGCGCGAGCCGACUUCUUGUGACUGAUAGCAUUCCCAGCAGGGGGCACUGUAGUCUAGCCCAUGUGCGAAAGACCCGAGAUUGCUUUCAGCCAAGCCAAGGGCGCUUCCAGACGGAUGUUUAUUGUGGAAUCGGUGCUGUCCCAACAUGAUCCCCCCCCCCCCGUCUCCAAAACAUUGCCAUCGAGAUGACCGCCCGCACUUUUUCCACAUUUAAUGUGGCUUUUGUCAUGCAGCAGAAAAUCUGUUAAGGAACGAAGAUGUAACUCUUUAUUAGAGUUUUGCUACAGUGAAAUACUGGUGUUGUGCAAAAACUUGGCCUUAAGC